UGGCGCCAGUGGUGCCUGACGCCGCCUCAGAAGGCCACCUGCCUCAGCCUCCGUGACCACGGUUGUGAGCGCGACCGGGACCCGGGCGAUCAGUUGACGCCCCUGAAGCGAGGCCGCCCCGGUCGCGACAUGAGCUCCCCGGAUAAGGUGUCUGUUUCGGAAGCGGGUUUCGGCCCAGAGGGCGGCGAGCGGGACGGCGUCCGCCAGGCCGGCCGCAGAGCCCAGGGGCGACCCGCCCCCGGCCCCAACCCCAGGGCGCCGCGGAUCGGCCAGGGCGAGGGCAGGGGCGGCUUCGCGGCCCCCAAGGGCUUCGAGUCCGAGCGGGUGGUGCUGGAAGCAGGAGGGCCGGUGCUCUGGGGCCGCGAAGGCCGACCCGGCUCCUCAGCGGACGACAAGGGGGACGCCCGGGACCUGGCCGACGAGUCUGCGGCCGCCAUCCUGCAGCAGCUGACCGACCGGGACGUGCUGGGCGUCCGCAGAUACCCGUCCCGGGUGAGCUCAGCCGCCAGAGAGUCCCGCCUGUGGGCCGGGCCCAAGGCGGCUCCCGGCGGUCGAGGCGCGGCCGCCCAGAGCUGUGGAGAAGCGCAGCCGGCUGUGGCCGGCCCUCUCCCGCCUGAUGGGGCUGAGGGGGGCCGGACCUGGGGGACGCCUAAGAGAGGCACGAAGAGCAGGAUGAAGGCGGCUGCCGAUCGGCCGCAGUCCUUCAUGGAAGGCCUGGUGGGGCCGCCUUCAGACACCGAGUCGUCAGAUGAGUUCAGUGAGCUCCAGCCGAUUAGAGUGAGCAUUUGCCUCAAAGAAGGAGGCCAGGUCAAACCCCGCAGCUCUAAGGAUCCGAGGGACACAGCCAGACACUCGACUUUCCAAGUCAGGGAGAAUUUCCUGCCCUCCGCUCCCCAGGGACUCACUUCGGUUGUGGAAAGGCAGGACGCUGGGGAGCUGGAAAUGUCUUCCCCUAAGAAAAUGCAAAGCAUGCUCUGGGGGAAGGCAGGGAACAGGCCCUACCCCGGACAUGCUGCUGCUGUGAGCAGCCUGCCCCAGGCCACUCCUAGGAGGAAGGGGGCCAAGGAGAAGAAAUCCUUCCAGGGUGCCUCCAACCUGCCCCUGGGGAGAAAUUUCCCUCCCUGGGGGCAGCAAGUCUCGGCAGCUCCCCUGGAACCGGCCACCUUCCCCCCAAUCUCUGGUAUUCCGCUGCUUGGGAGGUCCAAGAGGUAUUCCUCGGUCCCUUCGAGAACCAAACAGUCCAAGCACAGCGGCACUGGCAAGAAAUCCGUGGCCAGGAGGGCAAGGGUGUCCGAACCUGCGGUGGCAGGAGAAGACAAGGACCCAAAUAGAGACCCAGUCGCAAAGGGCCAACUUCCAACACACAGGCGAGGGCGAUCUUUUUCGUGCGGACAUCGUGGGGCAUCCAGCAGUGGUAACCUCAAUACCAGAGCCUCCCAGGAUUCAGGACGCUUAGAGCCCCUGGCCCGGAACCAGGGAGACGACAUGCCCAGAGGGCCUGCACCCCCAGGUGACCAGGAACCACUCGACCAGCCCCCAAGACCAGAAAGGCAGCAGCAGGCACCAGGAGCGCAGGGCUGUCCUCGGUGUCCCGUGCUGCAGAGAGAAAUAGACAGCCUCAAGGAGCAACUCGCGGCCAUGGAGAACCUGGCUUACAAGUUCCAGAUCCUGUGAAGUUGAGCCCAGCAUCUUCAUGCAAGAGGAGCCGCUGAUACCUCUGGGGCCCGGGAGCUGUGGCCAAGCUCGUUCCCUCCUGCUCUACCUCAGCCAGGGCCUCCUCCUCUCUCUUGUUUGCUCCCGCCCCACCCGUUUCACAGCAGUUUCCAAUUAAAGUACCUCUCACGGUC